AUGCCCGAUACCCAGGGACCCGUGAGGCUGAGAAGAUCACCAGGGGAAGUGUGUUUUCCAGGAGGUAAAAGUGAAGCAACUGAUAAAGAUGAAAUUGAUACUGCUCUCCGAGAAGCUAAAGAAGAAGUGGGACUGGAGCCAGAGAAGGUGGAAGUCGUCUGUAGGCUUGUGCCUGGAAUUGAUAAAAUGAAUCACUUGGUAACACCAGUUGUAGGAUUUAUAGAGGAUACAUUCCAGGCCACUCCUAAUCCAGAUGAAGUGAGUGAUGUCUUUGUUGUCCCAUUGGAGUACUUUAUCAAGCCCUUAAAUUACAAGACCUUGCCUUAUAAAACCUCAUCUGGUUACUCGAGUUGGAUGCACUGCUUUACGUAUGAUGACCACGAACAUAACAAGUCAUUCAAGAUAUGGGGACUUACUGCACAUUUUGCUGUAUUUCUUGCUCUUGUAAUUUUUGGAAAGAGACCUACCUUUGAAGCUGGUUAUGAUCUUGACAACUUAAUUUCAUCCUCUGAGAAGAACUUCAUGAAUUUAUAUGCAUCCUUACAUGAAAGAAAGAAAAGUAAUCUAUGACAAACUAGUCUGGCAAUUAAUUUAUACUGAAGGAGGAAAAAGGGUUUUGUUUAUUCCUUUUGUA